AUGUUAGAUGCUCACAGUCCUGCAGCUUCCGGCUUCAUUCCCGAACUAGAGUCAAUCCUGAGUAUCCCAGCAAGGAACCUGGAAGCAGGGAAAGACAGCACCAAUAUCACCCUGGCAUGGCUGGAACCAGGAACUUGCUACCUCAUUGUGAUCUGGGCAGUAGCUGGACCCUACCGCUCCCUCUCCAAGAACAUCACUGGCUGCACAGUUCCUGCUGCACCGACAAACCUGAGCCUUACCAACCCAGGCAGCUCCUCAGAGCUUUACACAUGCUGGAACAAGCCCCCUGGCAGCAGGGAUCACUACCGUGUUAUUCUGUAUAGCCUCAGCACCCAGAGUAGGGAUCGGGUCCAGACCUUGAGUCCCGAUGCCCAGAAUAUCACCUGGACUCACUUGGAGGCAGGCAGCAGGUUUGCUGUGCAGGUCACUGCUGUGAAGGGCUUGUUUGAAGCCUCCUCCACCAACGUCACCCAAUGGACACAUCCCUUGGCCCCUGCCAACCUCACCCUCAGCAGCCCCUCUGCCUCCAUGCUGCAGGCCUCCUGGGCAGCCAUGGGGCGAGGAGCAGAAGGCUAUGUGGUGGAUGUCUAUGACACAGACUCCAGCAGACAUGUUGGGCCCAUGGUGCUGGGUGGGGAUGCCAGGAGUCACACCUUCAGAAACCUGAGCCCCGGCACCCACUACAGUGUGGCAGUGAGGGCCACAGCUGGCCCUUUCCACACCAGCACCCCCAACUUCACCCACUGCACACGCCCGCUGCCCCCAGCUGCCCUACACUGGCUGAGCACGGGGCACCGUGACAGGCUGAGUGCGUCCUGGGGAGCUGCAGCUGGGGGGCGAGAUGGCUACACACUGACCCUGUACCACGCACAGAUGGGCACCGUGGCAGCUACAGCCUCACUUGGGAGAGACACCCACAACUUCACCUUCAUGGGCCUGACCCCAGGAUAUGAGUACUCCCUGGAAGCCAGUGCCACGGCUGGACCGUACCAGGCUGCAGCACCCAACAUCAGUGGCUGGACAAGCCCACUGCCCCCAGCCACCGUGCGCUUGCUGAGCACGGGGCAUCCCGACAGACUGAGCGCAUCCUGGGGAGCUGCGACCGGGGGGCGAGAUGGCUACACGCUGACCCUGUACCAUGCAUGGAUGGGCACUGUGGCAGCUACAACUUCGGUUGGGAGAGACACCCACAACUUCACCUUCAUGGGACUGGCCCCAGGAAGCAAAUAUGUGCUAGAGGUGGUGUCCAUGGCGGGGUCCUACCAGACACCUGCCGGGAAUGUCAGCAACUGGACAUACCCCCUGGCACCCCGUAACGUGUACAUGACGAACCAGGGGUAUCCCAACAGGCUGAGCGCAUCCUGGCGAGCUGAACCCCAAGGACAAGACAGUUACAGGCUCCUCCUGUAUCAUUCAGGAUCAGGUAUUGUGGCAGCCAAUGUAUCUGUUGGGAAAGGCACCAGCAAAUUCACCUUUUCUGGCCUGGCUCCAGGACAUAAAUACCUGCUGGAAGUAGUGUCCAUGGCAGGACCCUACACAACCUCUGCAGGCAACAUCAGUGACUGGACAACCCCCUCAGUUCCCAAAAAUCUCUCUGCGGUGGCUGAAGGGAACAACACGAUGCUUAUCUCCUGGGCCAGUGCCUCUGGACAGCAGGAUGAGUGCCAGCUGUGGCUGCGGGAUCCCAGGAACAGCACGCUGCCCUGGCGGCACGCUCUUAGCAGAGGGCAAGUCCAGCACCUCCUCCAGGGGCUGAUCCCAGGGAGGAACUACUCUGUCUCCUUGAGCUGCGUGGCUGGACCCUACUGGAGCAGCACCAAACCCUUGGCAGUGCCAAUGGAGCCAAACCCAGUGGAGGAUGUGCAAUGUCUACCAGAGUCAAGGAGCCUUUACGUGAACUGGACAAGCUCCCCUGGAGAUGUCGAAGCUUAUGAGGUGGUGACAGAGAGACUCUCUGAUGGACUUCCCACCUCCAAGUAUGUCAUGAGCAUCCCUACGAGUGAGGCCAGUCUGGAGGGGCUGGGGCCAAACUCAUCCUACCGAAUCGUUGUGAGCACAGUGGGCAUGAACACAAUGAGAAGCCAGACUGUGACUGUGCUCUGCAACACAACAGUGGAGGCCUUGCCUCCACCCCUGCGAGCAGACAUCUUCCAGGUGGAGGCCAGCUCCACGGUUAUUAUUUCAUCCGACCUGUUCAGCGAGGAGAAUGGCCAGAUCGAGUAUUAUGGUGUCAUUGCUACCACUAAUGAUUCACUGCUGAGGCCCACCCAGGAAAUCAUGUCCAGCACAUGGUAUGACCACUAUUACGGGACAGAGGACUCCUACCUGGCUGUACUAAUCCCCAAUCCCUUCCAUCGGAGCCCCAGGAGCUUCCCUGAAACCUGGAGAGUGCCAGUGGGAACAGAGGAGUGCGGCCAGUCCAGGGCGAUGUGCAACGGGAAGCUGAAAGCCAACGAACAGUACAGGUUCAGCAUUGCUGCCUUCACCAAAUACGACCCAGUAGCCCCUGCAGUGACCUUCACCAUGUUCUCAGCUGCUGGAUCGGGUGCAAAUGGCACUCCACUCUCAAUGCCAAUAAUUGCUGGAAUCAUCGUGGGAUUUCUCUUGACACUUGCAGCUAUUUUUGCUUUGGUCUACUGGAAACAGCUCAGAGCAAAGAGAACCAAGAAGGGCAGCAUGCCCCAGGAAAUGGUGACCUACAGCUUGAGAAACGUCCAUCGGCCGAUUCCCGUACAGAACUUCAAGCAGUACUAUGAGAUGAAGACAGCAAGUGCUAACCAUGCUUUUUUCCAGGAGUUUGAGGAGCUGAAGGAAGUUGGGAAGGAGCAGCCAAAGGUGGCAGCCGAGCUACCAGUGAAUGUCUCCAAGAACAGAUAUCCCCACGUGCUGCCCUAUGAUCACUCUCGGGUCAAGCUAAGCCAGCUGGGGGAGGAUCCGCACUCAGACUACAUCAAUGCCAACUUCUUGCCUGGCUAUACAUCCCAGCAGGAGUUCAUUGCCACCCAGGGGCCCCUGAAGAAAACGAUAGAAGACUUCUGGAGGCUGGUGUGGGAGCAGAAUGUCUGCAACAUCAUUAUGCUCACAGUGUGCAUGGAGAACGGGCGGGUCCUCUGUGAUCAUUACUGGCCAUCUGAAUCUGCUCCAGUAUUCUAUGGGAAGGUUCAGGUCCACCUGCUGACACAGAGCAGCUCUGAAGAGUGGACCAUGCGCGAGUUCAAACUGUGGCACGAGGGUCUCCGGGCAGAGCGGCAUGUGUCCCACCUGCACUACACAGCAUGGCCCGACCACGGGAUCCCAGAGUCCACAACUUCCAUUAUGACCUUCAGAGAUCUGGUCCGGGAGCACAUCCAGAGCACGAAGGAUGGGGGGCCAACCCUUGUGCACUGCAGCGCCGGGGUGGGCCGCACUGGCACCUUCAUUGCACUGCACCGGCUGCUGCAGCAGAUGAAGCAGGAGAAGGUGGUGGACACGUUUGGUGUUGUUUACACCUUGCGGAUGAACCGUUACCUGAUGAUUCAGACGCUGUCCCAGUAUAUUUUCCUGCACAGCUGUAUCCUGGACAAGAUCUUGGAGGAACCACUUCUGGGUUUAUCAGGGACGGAGAGGUCCUGCCCCAUCCCGCUGAAAAGCUUUGCUCAGCACUAUGACCAGAAGGCAGCCAAGUCCCAUGUGGGUUUCCUGAGGGAGUACGAGGCCCUCCUAGAGGCUGUCAAGGAAGAAACCAGCUCUGCAACACCAUCUUCAGGCAAACAGCAGACACAUCCAUCUACCAGCAUCCUCCCAUAUGAUCGCUCCAGAGUGAAGUUUUCCCUGCUGGAACAGGGCCCUUUCUCAGGUCUCUUGCAGGUGUGGCAUGUCCCGGGCUGCAGCUCCAGCAGGGAGUAUCUGGCUGUGCAGGGGCCUGACAAGUUGACCAUAGAGGACUUCUGGACCCUGGUGUGGGAACAGGAUGUUCACACCAUCCUAACCCUUCUCCCAUGGCAGGAGAAGGGACAGGACCAGUACAUGUUCCUGUACACCUGCAUCCGUGACAUCAUUGCCCAGAAAUAG